UACCCAUUUUACCCCGUCCCACUUUCAGCGAUAGUUUACCAAAAGUUACUAAUAACGUAAAAAUUAACAAUGUAUAACUAGAAGUCAUUUAUAAUUUCAGCAUUAUUUAUUUAUUUUUUUAAAAAAAAGUUUUGUUUUUUAGUGUCUUCCGCCUUACUUUAGUGAUUUUUGAAAUAUAUAUAAAAUUCUUAAACAUACAAAUAAAUAAAUCAUAAUGAAAGUGUUGAGAUUGUCCACACAUCCAGCCUCUGUGGCUUACUCCAUGACUACACUCGGAGCCAGCAUGAUGAACAGCAUUUUUAGUUUUUAUUAUGUGAAACUGUUCCUGAACAAGUACAAUAUAUCAGAAGGAGCUUUCCACAGGUCCCAGGUGGUGUAUAUGAUCUGGAACGCGCUGAAUGACCCGCUCUUUGGCUACCUGCAGGACAACUCUCGCAUUCCCUGCUGCUCUCAGCGAAGGCUCUCCAUCCUGUAUGGUGCUCCGUUCUACAGCCUGGCCUUCCUGCUUGCCUGGUUCCCCUGGCGGUCGUACGAGGCGGGGGACUGGCUGAGUGGCGUACACCUGGUCAUCACAUUGUGCGCCUUCGACGGCAUGCUGACCUUCGUGCUCCUGGCCCAGUGUGCCCUCUUUGCAGAGAUCUCCGAGAACCACCAGAUCCGCCUGAGGCUCAUCAAGUACAGCCAGGUGGCAUCUCUCAUCGGUUCCUCCAGUGUGCUCUUCUGCGGCCUCGUCUCCCACAACAUGGACAACUUCUUUGCCUUCCAGGUGUUCUGCAUGUUUGUGGCGGUGCUGGGAUGCGCCUGCAUGGUCUAUACAGGCAUCCACAGCGAGAGCCGCUUUGACACGAAGGUCACAGAGGCGAGCUCGCAUCAGCCUCCUCUGUCGCUCUCCGCUGUGGUUAGCAUGACGUGGCAGAUCCUCACCAACCGUGACUUCCAGCUGUUUGUGGUCAUGAACUUUUUCCAGGUCUUUCUCUUGGCCUUCUUUAACAACUUUGCCAUGAUCUUCUCCGAGCACCUCAUCCCUGCGAACGCCCUGCCGUCGCUGGCAAAGAGCUUCAUGUACGGCGCUGGAUUUAUCUGUCCUCAGUUACUGGUGUUGUGCAGUCAGAAUCUGCUGUGUGUGAUGGGGUAUUACCGCAUCAUCCUCCUCACAUUCGCUGUGGAAGCAGGAGGUGCCUUGGUGAUGCUGCUGCUGGGGUCGGGACACUACUACUGCCUCGCUGUGUUCAUCACUGUCAACAUGAUUUUGGUCCAGGCUUCUUUCAGCCUCUUUAACCUGCCGCUGGCUGAUAUCAUCGAUUCAGACCUGCAGAAAUACAAGCGCAGCUCCCCGCUUUCAUCAAUGGUUUUCGGGACCAACGCUCUCUUCACCAAACCUGCCCAGUCUUUAGCGCCCAUGUUGGUGGUCUCCAUUUUAAACCAGUAUGGCUAUGAGGAAGUGAAGAAUGCCUAUGCGAUAGAUCAGAGUGUACUGGAAACGCUCCACAGCACCAUGUUCUACCUGGUCUGCUUGGUGCCGUUGUGCAUCACCACUCUGCAGUUUAUCUUCUGGAAGCCGUUCUCAAUCAGAGACAGUCACACAACUGACUCAAAGUACGUAGAGGGAUGAUUUCAUGGAGACCCUCUGCUGUUUCAGACAAUAUUAUUACAAUCAAUAUAUUUUAUUUUAAGAUUUAAAGAAUGUAAAGGUUUGGGGAGAGGUGUUUUUUUUUAAGUUUAUUAGUGGGGCAUUGAAAUGCUAUAACUACUGACACAAUAAUACUAAUACAUUUGCAAAUGGCAAAUUUUCGCAUCCAUCUUGUGAUUUUUGCAACAAGAGAGCUGCUGUGAUGGUACAGGAGCUCUUAAAAACAUUAACAUCACAAUUAGUGAGAUUAUACAUUAUUACAUUAAACUGAUAUAUAGAGAAAAAGCAAAAAGUACAAAGACUUAUGAAAGAGCCAAAGCAGACAUGCAAUGAGGGAUGUCUGUUGUUCAUUCUAGGGGCACCAAUAAAUUUAAAACCAGUGGGUUUUUUUGUUUUUGUUUUUUUAUUUAUUUAUUUUGCGUGCCCAUCACAUGUACAAGGACCUCAGUAAGCUAAAGUACAAAAACUCCAGACAAAAUUUUACUUUUGUGAGAAGACAUUUAAAAUAUCUAUUUUUUGUUUUGAAAUAGUUUGAAAUGUAAGACAAUUUAAAAAAAAUCACUUCAUAAUGUUUCUCUACACUAAAGAAGAGGCACAAAACCACUUUUAUACUCACAGGGUAUAACAAUCUUUACCAAUAUGUACAUUUUCGGUUGGGAUUAUAAUAACCUGGGGUUCUCUCUCUCUCAACAUAUCUUUUUAGUAGUAGGUAAACUGUGGUGGGAUGUUUCUACACACAUGAACAGAUCAACAUUCUGUAAAAUCAGGACUGUCCUAAAGAUAUGGCAAUAAGCAUUACAUCACACAACAAAAAACUUAUCCAGUCCAAAUAGAGCUAAUAAUGUCCGUUUGGCCUGAGUUACAUGAAGGGUGCCAAUAAUUUUGGAGUCAGUUGUAAAAGAAUAACCAAAACUGAUUGGAGCGAGGAUCAUAUAACGGCACUAUACUUGAAUUUCAGCUAACCCUGCAGUUUUACAACCUGAUAAAUUUUCUUUGGUGGACAGAAAAAUGAAAUGGAGGAAGGAAGGAAUAAACGUACACCUUUUCAGAUGUGUACACGUUAGUGUGAUUGAGGCAUUACAGUGGGAAUGUUGUUGUGAAAGCUGUGUGCAGUUAUAACUUUCUAUUUUUCACUCCUUGCUGAUGGCAGUAAACGGCACUAGGUGGUACUAAAGGUACGCUGCGCUGUGGACCAGAAGGGUGCAAGUUUAAAUCCCAGCACUGGCAGUAAACCAGUCCUCGAGGAAAAGUGUGAACACUGAGCUGCUCCGCUUUGUGCUUGGACUGGAUCGUAACUUGAAUUUUUUCUUAAUCGGAAAAGUAGUUUGCUGUUUUUAAG